AGGCGUAUCGGCGGCAAGGAGGAGCGAGCGCUCUUCACAGCAUCUCCUGGCCGCGAUGACUCUGUGCACAGAAGCGGCCGUGGCGGCGGUGGGAGGCGGAUUGGCCGCCCAGGUGGGCGCCGGUGCCGGUGGCGGCAUGUCGAAGGACCCGCAGGAACAGCCCAGGGUCUUCACCUUGCCCAGGCAGCAGUCGCUCGCCUCGCCCUUGGUGAUCAACCCCUUCGUGCAAGAGACGCGUCUGGAUGCGAAGAAGAGAGCCCGGGCUAUCCUGUUUGGGAUUAUUCUGGUCCCUCUUCGUGCCUUAUGCAUGCUGCUAAUCUUGUUAAUGGCUUGGCUGUUUGCUGUCCUGGCAACGUCCUGCAUCCCUGAGAAGGGGGUUAAGCCACUUUUGGGAUGGCAAAGGAGAGUAUCCUGCGCCGCCCUCACGUUCUUGGGCCGCACCUUAUUUUUUGUGAUGGGCUUCCACGUCAAUGUGAAGGGGACAAUAGCUAGUCCUAAAGAGGCGCCAAUCAUUGCUGCAGCACCGCACUCAAGCUUCUUCGACGGAAUCCUCUGUAUCCUGGCAGGCUUGCCAUCGACGGUAUCUAGGCAAGAGAAUCUCUUGGUGCCCAUUUUUGGGAGGAUCCUCAGGGCUCUCCAGCCUGUCACGGUAUCCCGCGUUGACCCCGAUUCUCGGAGGAACACCAUCAAUGAAAUAACCCGGCGAGCAACUUCAGGGGAACAGUGGCCCCAGAUAUUGAUUUUCCCAGAAGGGACAUGUACUAACCGUUCAUGUCUGAUCACUUUUAAACAAGGGGCCUUUAUUCCUGGAGUUCCUGUUCAGCCGGUUCUCCUUCGGUAUCCAAACAAACUGGAUACUGUGACGUGGACUUGGCAGGGUUACAAUUUCAAAGAGGCGUUGGUCCUCACUUUGUGCCAGCUCUUUACAAAAAUUGAAGUUGAGUUUAUGCCUGUCUACGUUCCAUCCGAGGAAGAGAAGAAAGAUCCCAUUCUUUUUGCCAAUGGAGUCCGUAACAAAAUGGCAAGUGCUUUGGAUGUGCCCAUUACAGACCACACCUAUGAAGACUGUCGCCUCAUGAUAUCAGCGGGACAGUUGACCUUGCCCAUGGAGGCGGGAUUGGUUGAAUUCACAAAAAUCAGCCACAAACUGAACCUAAAAUGGGACAGUAUCAGAGAGCAGUUGGAUCAGUUCGCCAUGGUUGCCAGCGCCUCCAGAGGGGGCAGGAUUGGAAUUGAGGAGUUUGCCAGCUACUUGAAGCUGCCCGUCUCGGAUGCUCUUGAACAGCUGUUUGCCCUUUUUGACAGGAAUGGAGAUGGUACCAUAGACUUCAGAGAAUAUGUGAUUGGUUUGUCUGUUAUCUGCAACCCUGCCAACACAGAGCAGACCAUUCAAAUGGCAUUUCAGCUCUUUGACGUCGAUGAAGAUGGCAGCAUAAACGAAGAUGAAUUUAGCUUAAUUAUCCGUUCAUCACUUGGACUUCCUAACCUUGAUGUUUCUAAUCUGUUCAAGGAAAUAGACGCUGACAACUCUAAAAAGCUCUCCUACGAAGAGUUCAAGGAUUUUGCUCUGAAACAUCCUGAAUACGCCAAGCUGUUCACAACGUACCUUGAGCUACAACGUUGCCAGGUGUUUACAGACACGGAAUAUAACUGCAGCACUCCGACUGUAAAAAACCCUGUUUCAGAGAUGACCUCGGUGCCAAAGAAUAAAGUCUGUCCUCAAGCCGGUGACAAUGAUGACCAUUCCAGUGUCAGCGUCUCAGAUAAAAAGGAAGACUGAAUCUAAAAAAACCCCAAAAUAUACUUUGAUAUUUUGUGUUUUGCUUUUAAUAUAACCUGCGUAAGGAUUAAUAGUCUUUAAAAAAUAAUGCUAUUUUAACAUUUUUACCAUAGAAGGUAAAGAUAAAGCUUUAAUUGUUUUUUUAUUUAAUAAUCAUAUUUGUCCAACUAUUUUAAUGAAUAAAUUAUUCUCUUAUUUUUUUUGCCCCUUGGGCUGCAUUAAUUGCCUGCAUUGAGGCAAAAUGCAACACACUGGCUGCUCUCUUGGAAGAGCGCCAUUGAUCUUUCUUUUCCUCCAGGCAUUGUGGCAGAUGUUGCCAACCAGCUAAGAACUAGUUCUGGACUAACAUACUGAUUUCUCUGCUCUGAGGAAGCUUGGCCUUUUGGAGCAGGAUGGGACACUGGUGUCGUAAGUGAGUGCGGUUGGAGCUCGCAUUUUGGUUGGCCGUCAUCUUAGUCCCACUGUGUAGAUGUCUUGUCUUUCCCCCCUUCAUGUCCACCCUCAUUGUCCUACCCCAACUGUUCAGGCACUCCACCACCUUCUCCUUUCCCUCUUUGGCUCAUCAAAUGACACCAUCAGCAUUCUGGGACAGCUGUCCGAUGACUGCAUCAGCCCUAAAUAGAGACAUAAUUUUGGUCCUUGCCAUCAUUCCAUUUGUCUGUUGAGAGUCAUUUCCCAAUUGAUCAUGUGUGUGUGUGUGUGUGUGUAUAGAAACAUAAGCUACUAAGAAACGAGAAUGUUUACUAGCAGAUGGCAUUUCUGAGGCCUUCCUUGGCCUGUGUCCUGGGGUUGACUUCAACCAGGAAAAUGGUGUAGUAGGAGAGAAGGGGGGAGAGAUUAAAAAGAGAAAGCCCUCCAAGUGCUUUGAUACGGAUCUAUAACCCCCUCCUCCAAGAGCUGCAUUUGGCUCUUGGAGGCAAUCAAAUUGCCAUCUCACAGCAGCUGAUCUGAUUGCAUCCUUGUUUCAUCAGAAUCUUCUAAAGGUAGCUUCAGAUGACAAUUGAUAAAAUAAUGGCACCUUCACAUUCAAUAUGUUGGCUGCAAGCAUGUGGGAAUCAAGUCAGUUUUAGCACUGGGUCUGCUUCUAGAUGUCUCAGAAGCAAUGUGAUUCAUCCCCCAUCCCAAAAAAGAAAAGACAACACUGACAGAAUCUCCUCAAGGAAUGGCCACCUCUCAUAUUAUGUUAACAGCCAAAGAUGGACCAUCUUUGAGGUUCCUCAGAAGAGUACAUUUGUCAGCAGAGUAAAUAUGUGUGUUCAGAAGGGGGAAAGUGCUCACUCAGGGAAUUUGACCUUGUAACUACACUAAAAAGCCAGUGUACAAUAUUUUUGCACGCUUUUCCCCUACAAAAUGAAUGUAUUUCCUAGUAAUGUCUCUCUAAGCCUAAUAAAUACCUGUCUUACCUUGCCGCCUUGGUAGGGAGCGGUCUUCUGGGAUGGAAAG